UUUUAGUAGCAAGCAGCAACAACGAAACCGAAACUGUCUCAUUUCAUCGUACAUUCGCGAUCGUACGUAAGCAUAAUGGCGAAUUGCGACGUGUAGUGUGUGCGUGGAAAUCAAAGAUUGUUGGAAAAUUCUGCUUGAAUACCCGGAAUUCCGGAUCGAUCCUGUUCCCAGGGGCUACCAGAGUGCACGGUUUGGUGGAGUGGAAUAGCAAUGAUCUAAGCGCGAGUUCGUGCCGUGUGCGGAAAGUGAAAUUCGCAGUCACUGAGUAUCGUCUCGUCGUAUGACGCAGUCGUUUUUCACGUCUCGAGAAAAAAAAAGUGAAUUUCCUGAAAAUCUAGCUAACUAGCCUGUGAUUGGGGUUGGAUAAAUUAAAUACCAUUGGCCGACCCGACCGACCACCUUGUGUGCGUGCACUGAAGGCGAAGGGAACUUGCCGUGGGUAACCUACAGAAGUUGCUCUGCUGUUGCAAAAUAUUGGACUAAAAUAUUCGUACGGGGAAAAUGUCGUCGAUUGUGGAUAUUAUCAACCAUUACCAGAAAAGCAUCGAUAGAUCACUGAACGAUGAAGCCAGGCUCGUUCACUGCAUUGGGAAGCUCUAUCGGCUGCCAGUGUCGGUGCAACACCUGCAAGAAACGGGCAUCGGACGCACGGUGAAUGGACUUCGCAAGUACGACGGCGAGGUGGGCGUUGCAGCCAAGGCACUGGUUAGCAAAUGGAAGAACAUGGUGGCGGCGGAAGAAUCCGACACCGGCGAACCGGAACCGCAACAUCAGGAUCACGAGGAGGAGGACGAAGACAAUUACGAUGAGUCAUGCCUUCAGGUAGACGAGGAUCGACAUAGUGACGAUCACCAUGAAGAGGAGGUUCAGGAUGAAGAGGAUGAGGACGAAGAAGAGCAGCACCAGCAGGAUGAAGAAUCUGACAACCAGGAGGAGAUGCAGACCCCGCAUCAGCAGCAGCAAGUAACGAAUGGUCACGAUAGUGACCAUCGAAGCGCGCGAAGUUCCCAUCGCGACUCAGACCGUCACCGUAGCAGCAGCAAGCAUAAGAGCGAUCGACAUAGUCACCAUAGCUCGUCAAGUUCCAAGGACGGUAGCCGAUCCCGUGAUCGUCACGAGAAGCAUCGUGAUGGGGAAAAGAAUCAACAUCACAGUAGUAGCAGCAGCAGUAGUAGUAGUAGCAAAGGUCAUUCGUCGUCGCCAUCGUCUUCUUCCUCUAAGAAGUCCUCUAGGCACGAGAAUGAAGGGAAGGAGAAGAAGGAUAAGCACAGCAGUAGGAAGGACUCUAGUCACGCAAAUGGGAAGGAAAGCAGUCACAGUAGCAGUAAAGAGAAAGCUAGUUCCAGCGAUAAGCAUCACUCCAAGUCGAAGGAAAGUUUGAAUGGGUUCACAAAGGAAGACGAAAGUCAAAAACGCAAAAGGAGGACGUCCGAGGAUGAAGAGGAAAGUGUUAUGAAGAAAGUUAAGGACGAUCAAUCCAGUGAGAGCAAAAGCAAGUCUAGAAGUAAGAGUAGUAGCAGUGGUAGCAAUAGCAGUAAGGAUAGGUCUAGUAGUAAAUCAUCCUCCAGUGGUGGUAGCAGCAAAGAGAAAGACAAGAACCGCUCCUCUGAGAAGAAAACGGAAUCUUCGUCGAAGCGAAAGACUGAUCCGCCUCCUGACAAUUUCGAUGACGAAGAUGACGACACUAGCGGAGGAGCGAGCUUUGCCGAUGCCUUAGCUAUGAUUGGAAUGCCUUCGACGUCCAAGAAGAAAGGUUCCAGCAAAGGAAGCACGGAUAAGGUUAAGACUUCUUCCAGCAGUAUGCCCCCUCCACCGGUGAAGUCGAGCAGAAGCAGCAGUUCGAAGCGAUCGGCAUCGCCAAGUAGUACGGCCAGCAGCAGUGGAUACAGUAGCUGUUCUUCGACUCCUUCUUUGCUGGUACAGAAACCAAAGCUGGGGCCACUGCAAAUUGCCGAAAUAGUCGAAUCUUUACCCAUGAUCUCGCCCAAUUACAAACCGAUGCCUCUGAAUCAGACCGUGAUGGAGUGCGUCUUCUCGAACAACGGAAAACCUCAAAAGCGCCCGAUGUCAGAGGAGGAAGCACUUGGACUCAGCAUGCAAUCCAAGAACCUCCGAACGAAGGUCUAUUCCGGAGUCAAGAGCUACAAUGGGGAGGUUCCGACGUUGUACAAUCUGUGCAUCCGGUUGCUGCAGGAACACAUUGACCUCAUCGACUACACGGGAGGUAUUCCGUUUGACUUGUUAAAGCCCGUCCUGGAACGUGCCUCCCCCGAUCAGCUCUUCACGCUGGAGAAUUACAAUUCCUACCUGAUGGAGGACAGUGACGUUCUGUGGGAGCAGCACUGUAAGCGACUUUUCCGCAGCCAGAAACGAAAGGAAGAGGAAUGCGAGUCCUGGCGGGAGAUGUUUAUCCGCUGCUCGGAGGAACGGGAAACGAAACUGCUCAGCCUAACGGCCAAUAUUAAACAAUCGCAGGUGGCGAAGGCGGCUCCUAUCCGGAAGACACAGCUUGCCUAUGUAGACUCGGCUGUGAAACCACCUCGCAGUGUAAUCAGCAAACAGGCUCGCUAUGGAACCGCUCAGGCACCGGUGGUCUCGCCGGCAGCUCGGGUAGCCGCCCUGAAAAACGCUACGUCCAACGUGGCCAAAGCUGGCGAUUCACGACUCAAGGUAGCUGCCGGCAUUCGGGAUACUGCGCAAACUCAAGUUUUCCACCCGAUGAAACCCAAAAAGGCACCCCUCAUGUCGAAGGUCAUGCAAUCCAUCAAGGGCUUCAAGGGUUUCCGUCGAUAGGGGGAUGUUCGGAAAAGCGUUUUUAUAGCUAAUCGAAUGUUGUACAGUUUACCCGAGCAAGCGCCUCGCAGAGGACAGGAUUGAUGAUAGAACUGUUACUACUCAACAAGAUGUGAAUGAAGUGUAUAUUUAAGAGUCGUAUCGUACGGCAGAUCACAAUCCAAAUUUUCUCCGAUUGUUUUUACUAUUUCGUAAUUGAAAUUAUUUAACUUAUUCGUUUGUAUCUGAUCGUAGUUCUUUUUAUACAUUAAUUUUACUUUGCGAAAUAUGUUUUUUUAGCAACUAGAACAGUUUCUGCGGCCUGUCUUCGGGGACCGAGUACAACACAUCUAUUGUAAAUAAUUUGUCCCGUUUUGUUUACUCUGCUCCGUUGCUAGUAAUUGUAAAUCAUGUUCGCACCUGAGCGUACGGUUAUGGUUCAGGUAGGCUCCAAUUUUUGUUUUUUGAAAUAAUACACGACUGUUACUACAGUCGUAAAAAUAGA